UACUUAAGGGUUUGCUUAUAUCUAAUGAUAUGUAGUCUAUAAUAUCAUCAACUAUAUGCACAUACUUUUCAACAUCAAAAAGAUUUGUCUAUUUCACUAUGGUGUGCAGUGGCUAAAUUUUUCAUUGCUACCCCUAAGAAUGUAGUAAGAGCCUUUGUAGCCUACUUCAUUCACCUUUCUUCCUUCAAGAAAAUUUCAACACCACCUCAUGCCAUUUUGUCCCAGAGAAAGACAUUGUGCAUGUAAGCAUGUUGGAGAUUGUUAAAACAUAGAAGGAUUCAAAUGCAUGCAGAUCUUGUGAAGAAGUUAUGUUGUUAACAAGUUUAUCAACUGCAUUACAUUCAUCUGCUCCUCAAAGACUGACUUCUUGUCAUCAACAACAUGAAGACUUGAUGCCCAUUGUUGCAAGAUACCUUCAACUCUGCUAUAUAGAACAUCAAGAACUCUCUAGGAUAAACCUUCAAAUAAAAACCUUCAAAUUUUGUUGUUUUUUGGUCAUUCACUCAUUCACUUGGAUAAAUCUUAUUCCCAUUUUUAUAUUAAUUUAUACAAAAUAUUUUGUAAAGUAUAGAAUUUCCAUUAAUAGAGUUUCUAAACCUUAUAUUGUAUAGUCCUUAUAGAAAUAGGAUUUGCGUAAGUUGGUAAGAUAAUGGUUAAAGUAUAUUUAGAUAAACAUAGAUUAGAUUAGAGUUUGAUAUUAUUGGUAACGUGUCUUUAUAUAUAAUAGAGAGAUAAGUCGAUACAAUACUAUCAAGAUUCCAAAAGCUCUUCUUUGCUUUACACUCCACGGAAGAUGCAGAACCAUAACUCAGAGAUCUCUUCUCUGCCACCUAAGAACCCUUCUUCCAACGGAAGGAGAUCAAGAGGAAGCUCCCAUAGCAACGAAGGGCAGACAAGCAAGCCUGUUGCAUCUAGUUUCCAGAUGGAAGACUCUUCUCCAAGGAUUAUAUUUCGAGAGGGUUGCUUUACGAGUGCAGGUUAUCAGCUUCUGAGUAACCGUUGGGCAGCUGCAAUGCAUCUAUACAAUGACCCUACGGUUGAUGUGUCUGAAAGACCAGUGAUGUAUCAUGGUGGAGAUGUGUUGAACGAGGCAAAACCAUUACAGAUACAGGCUUCAGGCAAGCAAGACAUUACCUCCACCAAAGUUGCCAAGUGAUUACAUAACUAAGCUCUGUCGUGGACUGGCUGAAUCAAAGGUCGUCAAGUUCUAAACUGGUGCAGCGUCAACGUCCAUUACAUAUUGAACUUUUUCGGUUUUUUCUUUUUCUUUUUCUUUUAUUUGGAUUUUGAGUUCUGAUUUUGUUUUAGCUAAAGUAGCAUUAUACGUA